AUGGCCUCGAUAUCACUGCCGAUGCCACCAUCCGUCUGUUUUAGGUUUAGGAAAGGCAUAGCAGUGUACGGGAAAGAAGAGGGCGUUGUAUCGAGAAGGAAAGGCGGCGAUAGAAACGAUUGGUAUAAUAAAUUUACGGCAAGAAGAAAGACAGAUGAGAAUAGCGCAAUAACUGAAGUAACAGAUUAUGUAAGCAAAGAAUGA